GUGGGGUAGGAGUGGGAAGCGGCCUGAAAGAUGUGGUGGAUGUUGCUGCUGAUGUCGGUCUCCGCCGUGAGCGGACAUAACGCCAGUCAGGGGAAGGAAGAGGAGUCGGGGGACGAGCUCUUGCUGUGCAGGUCAUGUGGUUACGAGGUGGCUGUCAGUCGGGACCUUAAAUUUGUGGCCAGUCCCUUGGCUUUAGCUCAGAGGAACGACACGCUGAUCGGUGAGCGAAGGGUCCCGGUGCUGCUCUUCCAGAACCCGCAGGGCCUUCGUUUCCAGGUGCUCACUUUCAAGCGAGCUGCCGUCCACAAGCACUGGCCGGCGGACGACCAGGUCUCCUGGUUUCCUGGAUAUUCUUGGACAGUGGCAACGUGUCCCAGAUGUCACAGCCAUUUAGGGUGGUCAUUUCAGCCCAAUAUUUGGCCUCAACACGUUACAGAUAAAGAAUUUGAAGAAUCUGAAGAGACAUUUGUUGCCCUGAUUAUAGACAGACUUCUGCAAGAGAACUUUGCUGCUACACUUCUUAUGGUGCCCAAGUCAUACCAACAAUAAAAUCCAUGUUUAAUUUUUAUAAUUAAAAAUAAAUAUUUUGUUUGGUGAAUAA